AUGAAUAUCAUAUUCUAUGCUAUCAUUAUUGGUUACGUAAUUAGCGAGGUAAUGUUUCAAGUAAGUUAUUUUUAGAGUGAUUUAGACUAAGCUUAUAAAUAUUUGAUACAAAAUUAAGAUCAAUUGAUGCUUGGUUAAUGGACAGCAAGCUCAGAUUAUUUAGUAUACAUCAAUGUAGUGUAUGAUAAUCAAAAUCUAGUAAUGUAAGUUUAUCCAAAAAAACACAAUUUGUUACAUGAGAAACAUUAUUUUAGACUUAGUUAUUCUCUUCUAAACAAUUCAUAUCAUUUUGAUUCAAACUAAAAGUAUCCAUGUUGAAUAUAAAUAUAUAGACUUAUGACUUGGGAAAAUAUAGAUGUUAUAAUUGAAUUAUAAAACAAUUAGAAACAUCCUCUUACUAUUUGCAAAGCUACUCUGCAAUUAGAAGUUUCAACUAAAACAAUUAUUCUACAUAGUUAAUUUGCUGAAUAAUGCAAUGUAACUGAGGAAAGAAUACGUCUAUUCAUAUUCAGUAAUUCAACUUACUAAAUGUAAGUCUUUACAUACUCAACACUAAUAAUAUUCAUAUCCCUAGUCUAAAUAAUAUGCUCUCAUUUAUACUUAAAAUCAGAUCCUGCAGCAAAUUAGGGAGCAUCAAUGACUAUAUCCAUAGUUUUGACUUAAGAUAUAUUCAUUUGUAUUUUUAGCUCAAUGCUAUUUGAUAUUCCAAGAUAUUAUUAUUUCUUCCCUUGUUUAUUUUGUUAGUUGGUAGCAAUCUUUUAUGAUCUCAAAUUAAAAGCUAAACUCACUGUAAUUAUUAAUAUACUAUCAAUUUAGAACAUGGAAAGAUAAAAGAAGAGAUAUUUAAUAUUAUAAAUUGUUGAAAUUUUAUCAGUCACUUUUUUAUUCUUAAGAAUUAGACAUUCAAUUGAAUUAACAUUACUGAAUAUAUUUUUAAUUCCUUAAAUUGCUAUUACUUUUUAUACAGGAGAAAGACAAAGAUUUAAUAAAUACUAUAUUGGAGCUAUUUUUCCAAGAGCUUUAUUGUCAAUAUAUGCAAGGGGAUUUUAAGAUAAUAUUUUAUAACUAUUACAAAAACUUCAUGUAGUAUUCGUUAUAGUGCUUAUUCUUGUGAUUUAGCUUCUAAUUUAUUAUUGUUAAAACCAAUUCAGAUGGUUCAUAUUAAAAAGGAAUAAAUACAAUUACUUUAUCAAAUAAACAGAUGAACACACAUAAUCAGAUUGUGCAAUAUGUUUAUUAAAUUUAUCAUAAAUUCCUGAAUAUACUUUAAAUAAAGGGGAGUCUUUUGUACUACAAACUAUUAAUUAAGCAUCUCGAAAUAAUUUAUUAAUGAACACUCCUUGUGUAAAUUAAAUAUAUAAUUAAAUUAGAAUCAUUAAUUUCACCCUUCCUGCUUAAGUUAAUGGAUGUAAAUCAAUCUCUCAUGUCCGUUGUGCAAAAGUGCUUUACCUUAAGUAUUUUGA